AUGGAGGAGCUCGUGCUGGCGCUCAAGGAGGUGAACGCGGAGCUGCACACCACGCGGCAGCAGCUGGCGCGCGCGCAGCACGAGUCGGAGACGGCGAGGCUCGAGUCCGACCGGCUGCACGUGUCGCUGAAGCGCAAGGACGACAAGGUCCGCGCGCUGUCCGACGAGGUGGCCCGGCUCCGCUCCGACGCCGAGGAAGCGUUCGCCACGUUCCGGGGCAAGGAGGCCGGGUUCACGGCGUGCAUGAAGUCCUCGGAGGCGGAGCUCGCCGCGUCCCGGCGCGAGAACGCGCGGCUCCUCGAGUCGCAGCGGUCCGGGCGGCACGAGGUGGCCAAGCUGCGGGACAUCCUGAAGCAGGCCGUCAAGGACACCAAGUUCGUCAAGGAGGCGCUGGAGGAGGCGAGGAGCGAGAACGCGGCGCUCAAGGAGAUGGUCGGGAGCAAGGACACGGCCGUCAAGUGCAGCAAGGAGGAGCUGGAGUGCCUGCGGGUCAGCGAGGCCGCGGCGCGCGACAGCGUCAAGGAGCUGCAGAGCCUGCUGGUGGCCACGUCGUCGAGCCCCACCCCCACGCCGUCCGCGGCGGCGGGAGCGGGGAGGUCGUUCGACCUGGAGGUCGACCCGUCGUCGCCGUCGCCGCGGACGCCGGCGGAUCAGCCGCCCGAGGGCGAGAGCCGGCUGUUGGACGCGAGGAUGAAGCCGCCGCCGGACGGGUUCCCGCUGCCGCGGCAGAUGUCGGAGAACUACGAGGGGUCCGUGUACGACAUCUUCGGGACGGUCGAGGAGCCCAAGGGCGAGAUGGGCGUGUUCACCAGGAUGACGACGAUGCCUGGCCGGCGGCGCGUGGUCAUGCGCAAGGUCGGCAGCUUGUUCCGGUGGAAGAGCUUCAACAACAAGUAG